AUAUCGAACAGUCGGAGGCAAAUGUAAUUAAAAAUGGCAGCUUUUCAUGUUCGACAACGAUGUUUAAUCCAUCAAUGGAUGACUUCAGCGCUGCUUCGGGGUGGUCCAUUGUUCACGUGAUGCUCGAUAUGGGGGGAGAAAGAGGAUUAAGUAUUGUCAGCCUCUCUUACCUAGCGAAUACCAUCUGGAACGCUGUAGGAGGCAGUGAGAUUACACAGGUGUACAUAGGGAAUUCACUGCAACAGAAGUGGAAAGGAUUGCGUGAUGGCUUUGUAAGAGAACUGAAGAGGAGGAAAACCACACCGUCUGGAUCAGGAGCGCCCGGUAAAGGCAAAUAUAUUUAUUUUGAACGCUUGAUGUUCCUCGAACGAUCAACACGAAAUAAAACGACUGACAGCAACAUCAACACCACGCCUCGUGCAACUGAACAACAGGACCUUUCUGGCAAUGGGGAAGAUGUAACAAGACCUCCAGUUCGUCAGGCAAAAAAGAAGAAAAAACUAGAUGCGGCCGACGAAGAAUUUCUCACCAUCAUAAAAAAGAAAUUUCUGUCUAGAAAUUAA